AUGUUACGCCUCGCGGCUAAGAUGCUGGCCUUUUUCUGGAGGCGGGCAGACGUCCCCGUGGAGGCCGGCCGGGAGCUCGCGGAAGGUGAUAGCAAGCUGAAAACGGUACAGGGAGUCGUGACCAGGUACUGCAGCGACUAUGGCAUGAUCAAUGACUUGAUCUAUUUCUCCAAUGAUGCUAUCACGGGCAAAGUGCUUUUGAACGUUGGGCAGGAAGUCAUUGCAACUGUGGAAGAAAACCAAGUGUCAAAUGGACUCAAAGCCAUCAGGGUGGAAGCGAUUUCUGACAGGUGGGAAGAUGAUGGCAAGAAGAGCAUCAGCAAAGAAGUGAGCAGCUCCAACACCCACCUUUUGAUCGGCUGUGUGACUUCACUGUCAGAAGAGGCUGGCUACAUCAACCAGACCACAUACUUCUCACUACAGUGUGUGUGUGAAGGUUUUCAGCCCUGCAAGGGGGACUGGGUGGAAGCCGAGUACUGGAUCCGGCCCGGCACGUGGAACAGCGAGGCGGUCUCUGUGAAACCAUUGCGUUACAAGCGCCUGGACAAGGUCUGCAUUUCCAGCCUCUGUGGGCGAAACGGCGUGAUCGAUGACUGCAUCUUUUUCACCCUGGAGUCAUUGAAGCUGCCCAGUGGUUACGUGCCCUGCCGCAAGGACGUCGUCAACACGCUGGUGGUGGAGAGCAGCCAGUCGUGUUACAUGUGGAGGGCACUGUGCAUAAUGCCUGUGCGGAGACGGGAUCCCUCCUCUCUCAGUGAGGCUGUGGACGAGACCUACGGAGCCCAGUUACUGAAGAACAAAGCAGGAGUGGAAGUGACGAGGACCACCAACUUUGGGACUCUGAAAGAUGGGGAAAGUAAAACUCUGGUGAUCUGGAUAGAGAAUAAAGGUGCCGCUCCCCAACACCUGGUCAGCUGCAGACUGGCUGGCUGGGAUAAAACCAAACAGUUCAGGUUUCAUGUGCCUUGCAAAGAGCGGACGAGCCCUGGGAAGAAGGGUUUUUUGGACAGAGAUGUGAGCUUAUUGAAUCACCACAGAAAAAGUUGGCCCUGCCCAACCCUGGAAGGCAGCCUGGAGGAUUGCGGGAAAGGAGCUCCAGGUACCACUGCAUGUGAAGGAGGAAACAGGGAAGAGAAGGCACAGCUGUGGAGGCAGCGGACCCCAGAGCCAGGUGGACAGAUUCCUGUGGGCCAAAAGAUCUUCGUGGUGGUUACCUGCAAUGCAAAAAACUCCGGUCGCUGCAGGGAGCUCCUCCUCCUCUGCUUCUCUGACUUUCUGGUGGGCCGAUACCUGGACGUGAACGUCGCCACUGCUGAGGAGGGACUGGUCGGCGUCCGAGAACCGUUCUCUUGGAAAAAGUCGAAAAGUCCCCAGGUGGUGUCAUCGCCAAAGACCACCGUCGUCGUGACCACCCAGAAGAGGAACUCCAGACGACAACUGCCGAGUUUUCUCCCACAGUAUCCUAUACCAGACAGACUUAAAAAGUGUAUGGAACAGAGAAUCGACAUUCUGACCUUCCAGCCGUUGCUCGCAGAGCUUUUGAACAUGUCAAACUACAAGGAGAAGUUUUCAACAUUGCUGUGGCUUGAGGAGAUCCAUGCAGAAAUCGAACUCAAAGAGUACAACAUGAGUGGGGUCACCUUGAAAAGGAACGGCAACCUACUGGUGCUGGAGGUCCCGGGCCUGGCGGAAAGCCGGCCCUCACUGUAUGCAGGUGAUAAACUGAUUUUAAAAACUCAAGAAUACAACGGACACGUCAUUGAGUACAUCGGAUACGUGAUUGAGAUUCAUGAAGAAGAGGUAACUCUGAAGCUUAAUCCAGAGUUUGAGCAAGCAUAUAACUUUGAGCCUAUGGAUGUGGAGUUUACGUAUAACAGGACUACAAGCAGACGAUGCCACUUCGCUCUUGAACAGGCCAUCCAUUUAGGGGCAAAAGUGUUGUUUCCCGAAGAAAUCAUUUUACAGUCUCCCCAAGUGACAGAGCGUUGGAGCCAUGUACAAAAUACCACAGAUGAGGGACAGCCUGCCUCCAAGCACAGGAAAACCAGGAAGGAGCAAAGGAAACACACAGCGAGGGCACGACCUGCCAGCGAUGAGGACAUGCUGGGAAUGGUGGCCUUGGCAACAGAGUCCAUAAAUGGAGCUGAGGCCCCAAGAGCAAGAGAGAGGGCGUUUUUCAAUCCAAUGCUGAAUGAGAAUCAGAAGUUAGCAGUCAAACGGAUCCUGAGUGGUGACUGCCGCCCACUCCCGUACGUUCUCUUUGGUCCUCCGGGCACCGGGAAGACCGUGACCAUCAUCGAGGCAGUGCUGCAGGUGUACCAUGCUUUGCCGGACAGUCGGAUCCUGGUCUGCGCCCCAUCCAACAGUGCCGCCGACCUGGUAUGUCUGCGGCUGCACGAGAGCCAACUGCUGCGGCCUGGCGCCAUGGUCCGGGUCAACGCCACCUGCAGGUUUGAGGAGAUGAUCAUCAGUGCUAUCAAGCCCUACUGCAGGGACGGAGAAGACAUCUGGAAGGCCUCACGCUUCCGGGUCAUAAUCACAACGUGUAGCAGCGCUGGUCUCUUCUACCAGAUCGGGGUGAGGGUUGGGCACUUUACACACGUCUUUGUGGACGAGGCAGGACAGGCGAGCGAGCCAGAGUGCCUCAUCCCCCUGGGAUUUAUCUUGGACACCAACGGGCAGAUUAUACUCGCUGGGGACCCCAUGCAGCUGGGGCCGGUCAUCAAGUCCAGGCUGGCCAUGGCCUAUGGACUGAAUGUGUCCAUGCUGGAGAGGUUGAUGGCACGUCCUGUGUACCUGAGAGAUGAGGAUGCCUUCGGGGCCUGUGGUGCCUACAACCCCUUGCUGGUCACCAAGCUCGUGAAAAACUACCGGUCCCACUCAGCCCUGCUGGCCCUGCCUUCCAGACUCUUCUACCACAAGGAGCUGGAAGUCUGUGCAGACCCCACGGUGGUGACGUCCCUGCUGGGCUGGGAGAAGCUACCCAAGAAGGGAUUCCCACUCAUCUUCCACGGCGUCAGGGGCAACGAGGCACGUGAGGGCCGGAGCCCUUCGUGGUUCAACCCCGCUGAAGCUGUUCAAGUCAUGCGCUAUUGCUGUCUGCUCACCCGGAGCCUCUCAAGCCAGGUGUCUGCCAGCGACAUCGGUGUAAUCACACCCUACCGGAAGCAGGUGGAGAAAAUAAAAAUUCUCCUGCGGACCGUUGACUUGAUGGAUAUAAAGGUUGGGUCCGUGGAGGAGUUUCAGGGACAAGAGUACCUGGCCAUCAUCAUUUCCACCGUGCGAUCAAAUGAAGACAGAUUUGAAGAUGAUAGGUUUUUUUUGGGUUUCUUGUCCAACUCGAAAAGAUUUAACGUGGCAAUCACCCGACCCAAAGCACUGCUGAUUGUGCUGGGGAACCCACACGUCCUUGUCAGAGACCCAUGUUUUGGGGCUUUGCUAGAAUACAGCAUCACAAAUGGUGUUUACACCGGCUGCGACCUCCCCCCCGAACUACAGUCUCUGCAAAGGUGA